AUGGCUUCGAAGCAAGUACCCGAUAUUGAUGUCAAACCUGCCUCUGGCAUCUCUUACUUCACCCCAGCCCAAGAACCCCCGGCGGGAACUGCUGCCGACCCGCAGUCAGAUGAAGCACAGAUUCCAAAGCUGUUUCGACCUCUCAAAGUGAGGGGUCUGACCUUACACAACCGUAUUGGACUGUCGCCGUUAUGUCAAUACUCCGCAGACGAUGGCCAUAUGACCGCAUGGCACAUGGCCCAUUUGGGAGGAAUUGCUCAGCGCGGACCCGGGUUUCUCAUGGUAGAGGCGACCGCAGUCGAGCCAGAAGGCCGCAUCACACCGCAAGACCUCGGUCUUUGGAAAGAUUCGCAGAUCGAGCCGAUGAAGGGUGUCAUUGAAUUUGCGCACAGCCAAAACCAGAUUAUCGGAGUCCAGAUUGCGCACGCCGGCCGAAAGGCUAGUACUGUACCUCCAUGGUUAUCUUUCGGCGACACUGCAACUGAGAAAGUUGGAGGCUGGCCAGACCGCGUUAAAGGCCCAUCUAACGUCCCAUUUGCAUCGCGAUUCCCUACCCCGAAGCAAAUGGCCAAGGAUGAUAUUGAGGAUCUCAAGGUCUCGUGGGUGGCUGCCGUCAAACGUGCGGUUCGCGCUGGUGCGGACUUCGUUGAGAUCCACAAUGCGCACGGUUAUCUCCUUAUGUCUUUUCUUUCGCCAGCCGUCAAUACCAGAACAGACGAAUACGGCGGGAGCUUCGAGAACCGCAUUCGCCUCAGCCUCGAAAUUGCGAAACUGACUAGGGAGGCUGUUCCAGACCAUCUGCCCGUCUUUUUGCGGGUGUCGGCUACCGAUUGGUUAGAGGAAGAGCCUGAUCAACCAAGCUGGCGGUUAGAGGACACAGUCAAAUUCGCACAAGCUCUAGCUGAGAGCGGCAAUGUCGAUGUCCUUGAUGUUAGCAGUGGUGGUACUCAUUCAUCCCAGAAAGUUCAUUCCAAACCUGGCUUCCAGGCACCCUUCGCUGUUGCUGUGAAGAAAGCAGUGGGCGACAAGUUGAUUGUUGGGACGGUUGGAAUGAUCGACAGCGGCCAUCUGGCAAACACACUACUCGAGCAAGAUGGCUUAGAUUUUGCCCUAGUUGGCCGAGGAUUCCAGAAAAACCCAGGAUUAGUGUGGACCUUUGCUGAGGAGCUGGGGGUGGAAAUUUCUAUGGCGAAUCAGAUUAGAUGGGGUUUCUCUUCGCGCGGCGGCGGUCCAUAUCUGAGGAAGAGGUCUGGUAAGAUUUAA